AUGAUUAUUAAGGUAUCGCGUACAAAUAUAGAUUUGUUAUUGUCAAACGAUACAUACAACGUUUCAGAUACCAACUUUAGAUGUCGGUUCAAAAGGGUGCCAGAAAGGCCCGUCCAAAAAAGGCCCAUUGUCAGAAAGGCCCGGUCCAAGAAGGCCCAGUAUCAUAAAGGCCCGGUUCAAAAAGACCUAAUGGCAGAGAGGCCGGUACAAAAAGAGCCAGUGCCGGAAAGUCCCGAUCCAAGAAAAGCCAGUAACAAAAAGGCCCGUUCCAAAAAGACCCAGUGCCAGAAAGGCCCGGUCAAAAAGAGCCAGUGCCGGAAAGUCUCGGUCCAAAAGGGCCCAGUGCCAGAAGGGCCCGAUCCAAAAAGGCUCAGUGUCGGAAAGGCCCGAUCCAAAAAGGCCCUAUACCAGAAAGGUCCGGUCCCAAAAGGCCCAGUGCCUGAAAGGCCCGGUCAAAAUUUUAGAAUGCCAAAAGGCCCGGUCCAAAAUGGCCGAGUGCCUGAAAGGCCCGGUCCAAAAUGGCCCAGUGCCGGAAAGGCCCGGUCAAAAAGGCCAAAUGCCAGAAAGGCCCGGUCCAAAAUGGUCCAAUGCCAGAAAGGCCCGGUCCAAAAUGGCCGAGUGAAUGAAAGGCCCGGUCCAAAAAGGCCAAAUGCAAGAAAGGCCCGGUCCAAAAUUGUCCAAUGCCAGAAAGGCCCGGUCCAAAAUGGCUCAGUGCCGGAAAGGCCUGGUGCCAAAAAGACUCAGUGCCAGAAGACCCGGUUCAAAAAGACCCAAUGUCGGAAUGGCCCGGUUCAAAAAGACCCAGUGUCAGAAAGGCCCGUUUCAAAAAGACCUAGUGGCAGAGAGGCCCGGUCCAAAAUGGCCCAGUGCCAGAAUGGCCCGGUCCAAAAAGACCCAGUGUCAUAA